AUGACACCUUUGCCUGGAUCAAAUCGGGCCAUGCUCGUGGCUCUAUGGCUUAUGUUUGCUCUUUUAAUAGAAUUUUCUGACGGUCAUGCGAGGCCCAUCCGACGCCAUGGAGGAUUGAGGAACCCAUCUCGUCCCAUUAAAGCAUUCUUGCUCUGUGGAAUAGGUUGCCCCUCAUGCCCCGCCGGUUCAAAGGCCGCACCAAAGGUUUCGACACCUAAAAACGGGAUAAAAAGUGGAUCGUUACCCAAGCGGGUGCUAGCCAGACCAGAGGACGAGGAUUUCGGUGGGGAUGUCGAUGCGUUCUUGGUGAGCCAAUAUAUGAGAGCGGAUUGGGUGCCUUCGUCUCAACAGAGCCUGUCAUCAGGUCUGUUCAGGGAAUUGGGAAAUGUGAAGUUCAACUUGGCAGUGCAGGAUCUACAUGGAUGUACCUCAGUGGUAGUAGUUUCCGAAAAGGGUGUAUGGAUGUCGCAUAUGUGGGAGAAUCCUGCAUUCGGUACGGAAGGCCCGUCUGGCGAGUUGUGGCCCAGUGCCGAGAACACGUUCAUAGCCGAUGUCCUCAAUGCAAUGGAACAUGGCAAUCAAGAGAUGCCAGGCCUGACGCAAUUCACCGGAAAUGGCGGUGCCUUCAUCGCCGCCUACAAGCCCUUUGCCUACAUCUUUUAUCCGACGGGGACUCAGAACCUUAACUAUGAUCGUGCAUAUAAAGCUAGGAUCGAUCGGAUCAGCGAGAAACUCCAACGGCUCAUUCCACUGAAAGCACCACCCCUCCUAUAUCAAUAUGAUCGCACUAGAGGAAGUAUGAUGGAUGCAAGGGGAAAGGUUCUCUUUCAGUACGAGCCUAACGAAAGAGUUAUGCAGACCAACGAUGGCCCCCUACAACAGGCACUGAAUCGCUUAUGGCUAGCCAAUCGACCUACGUAUGUUCAUCAGAGAUACUGGCCUGCUUGGCCCCGGCAGAUGGUCGCCGGUAAUGCCAAUCAGAAAAGGGAUACCGCGUCUAGUACGCCGAGCUCAACACCAAACUCGACGCUUGAUGAUCCGGAGACCACACUUACCCGCCAGAUCAUCCCAACAUUGUCCAAUAUAAGUCUCGAUGACAGUCUUGAGUCUUCUCCUGCAGCUCUUGACGAGACACUGAUUGCGUCACCAACAUCUGAGGCCGAACCGGAGUGUCACAUCGAUAUCUAG